GCUCAAGCCCACUUCAUUGACACUUCGAUUCCAAAAAUAACAACAUCCGGUGUUUUGUAAUAUCUGUUGCUGUUUCUGUCUUCUUGGCAGCAAGAACAACUUCAAAUCUCUCUAUUACUCUUCGCAAAGAUUUUCGCUAGGGUUUUAAUUUUCAUCAAUGGCUUCACAUCUCGAUGAUGAUGAUGAUUUCGGUGGAGAUUUUGCCGAAAAUCGGCGCUCAGUUAGUAAACGGAGUUUUGGGGAGCUUGAUGAUGAUGAGGAUGAUAUAUUUGGGUCUGCAAAAAAGGUAAAUGCUAAGUUGGAAGAGACAGCUCCUGGGGUAGCAACAGGAAUGAUAUUGUCCCUUCGGGAAAGUCUUCAGAACUGCAAGGAUGAGCUAGCAAAAUAUGAAACGGAGCUGGAAUCUUCAAAAUCUGAAAUUCAGAAAUGGCAUUCUUCAUUUCAAAAUGAGUCUUUUAUAUCACCAGCUACAACUCCAGAACCUAAAUUGGUGGUUAACUAUAUCCGAACCUUAAGAUCGUCAGAGAAGUCUCUUAAAGAGCAGCUAGAAAAAGCAAAAAAAAAAGAAGCUGCAUUCAUUGUCACAUUUGCCAAGCGGGAACAAGAAGUAGCUGAAUUGAAAGCAGCAAUUCGAGAACUAAGAGCACAACUGAAGCCCCAGUCUUUGCAGACUAGGAAGUUAUUGCUAGAUCCUGCAAUACAUGAAGAAUUUUCACGUUUAAAGAAUCUAGUUGAGGAGAAGGAGAAAAAGGUUAAAGAGUUGCAGGACAACAUUAAUGCAGUUAAUUUUACACCAAACAGUAAGAUGGGGAAGAUGCUAAUGGCAAAAUGCAAGACCUUGCAAGAGGAAAAUGAGGAAAUAGGCAAUCAAGCUUCUGAGGGGAAGAUGCAUGAAUUAUCGAUGAAAGUUGCUUUGCAAAAGUCUCGAAAUGCAGAACUCCGGAAUCAGUUUGAAGGACUUUGUAAGAAUAUAGAGGUGCUGACAAGUGAUGUUGAGAGAUCUAAUGAAAUGGUCGUAAUCUUACAAGACAAAUUGGAAGAGCGGGAUGCUGAAAUUGAAAGAUUGAAGCUUGAGCUGGAAAAAAGAAAUGAAGUCAAAAAAAUCGAUCCAGCUCCAAUUGUUACAGACGAGCCUGUGUCAACUGAAGCUGAGGAUGUACCACAAACUGACCUUGAACAGAUUUGAAGUCGAUCAUUGAUCCGUCACCUGUUAUAUACUCAUGUGUUGUACUGUACAUUAUCAUAUUUGGUUCUUUGUAGACAUCAUUAGACUUUCAAAGAAAUAACUUAGUUUUAGAAAGCACAGCCAAUUGCUAAAUUUUUGGUGGGAGGGAUUUUUUCACCUACCCAGCGAUGCGUUUCAUGAUCGUAAUUCAUAGUAUUGAUUCAGGAAUGAAGACUAACAAACUCGAUUACUAGCUAAUAAUAAGCUAGUAUAUUUAAUGCCACCAAAACAGCUUCUUCACUCAUGACUCAUGAGUCAUGGGUAGAGGUCGUUUUGGGCCAAUUUGCAGAGCCCGACCUUGAAUUAGGUUCGUCAACAGCACCAUCCAGUCUGUUCUAAUAUCGGGUUUAGGCACAAGUUAAAGUGAUCUAGAAUUGGCUGUCUUUUUUGUUGUUUUUAAAGUUUUAUUAGUGGAUUAGGAUCGAGGUUCUAAUUGAAUUUGAGAUUGCUACAACUAAUUAAUUUUUUUUAUAUAAAAAAGCUAUUGUAGCAA